AUGGUCUUUGGAAGAGAUAAAGAGCCUAAGCAGCAUGAGACGGCGGACAUUCCCGAUCAUCUCACUGACUUGCACUGCUUCACUGAAACGGAGGGCGUCGUGACAACCACCAUGAUGGAUCUCCCUGGCUACCGCAUCGAGCAAGUCCUCGGCACAGUCUACGGCAUCACAGUGCGGUCGCGCAACAUCGGCGCCAGCCUGGGCAUGGUCAUGAAGAGCAUGGCCGGCGGAGAGCUUCGCUGGUUCACGUCCAUGCUGUACUCGUGCCGCAACGACUCCAUCAGCAGAGUAGUGGAGGAGUGCAAGAAGCGGGGAGGCAACGCCAUCAUCUGCCUGAGGUUCGAUGCCGGUGAUAUGGGCGGCUUUGCCCAGACGGCGGCGUAUGGAACGGCGUGCCGGGUGGUCAAGAUUGACGAUCCGAGCGUCCAUGUGCCCCCUCAGCUGCAGGGCAUGACACAGUAG